AUGAAGGUUCUAAGACAUGAAGAGUUUGAGAAAGGAUGCGAGGCUGCCUGUAACGGGCCCUAUGAUGGUCGCUGGUCAAAAACAAUGAUAGGUUAUGGACCAGAGGAUUCACAUUUUGUACUUGAGUUAACAUACAAUUACAACAUUAACAGCUACAAGCUUGGAAACGAUUUCCAGGGAAUAACAAUCCAAUCCAGCGAGGUUUUAUCCCGAGCUAGAGCAGCCUCUCUACCGGUAACGGAGAAGGACGGAGUGUCCUCUAUCCUCUCACCUUCGGGAUAUAAAUUCAUCCUCGUGGAUCAGCCUCAGCCUGUUAAUAGGGAUCCUGUACUGAGUGUUGGUAUCUCUGUAUCUAAUAUAGAGAAGAGUGUACUCUACUGGAAGGAUCUUCUUGGUAUGCAAGUUGUUCAGGAAAAGGAGCGAGAGAAAACUCUUCAAUUUGGAUCCAACCAGGCUAAACUAGUUCUAAAACAGGGCCUACCUAACCAGGGUGGUGAGCUGCAAGGUCUGGAGGCUAAGGUACAGGAGGCUGGUGGGACUAUACUAACUCCCUACAUAACUCUAGACACUCCGGGAAAGGCCCAGGUUCAGGUUGUUAUUCUGGCUGAUCCUGACGGUCAAGAAAUCUGUUUUGUUGGUGAUGAGGGGUUUAAAGAUCUGUCUCAGUUUGACCCUCUUGGGGACGAGUUACUCAUCAAGGCCAUGGACGAGGAUAAGAGUGACGAGUGGUUCAACAAGAAAGGACGAACAAAGCUUUCAGAAUAGAAGACUCAGAUACACUAUUUCAAAGUCUAAUAUUACUAGACGUACAAAAAGAAAAUGUUGUUGAAUUAAUUUUAAAAUAUUUUCAUCGUUAUUACAUUUUUUCUUGUCCAUAAACAACACAAAUUCUUGUAAAAAUAUUGUUUAAUAAUUUGUUUGGACGUCUUGUAAAAUUAUUCUUUUAUAAUUUGUUUGGACGUCUUGGGAAAUUAUUCUUUGAGCAGAGAAGUCUAGUGUCCAGGCUUAAAUAUUAUAACUCUAUUUAUAGACCAUACUGCACCAAACAGCAAGUCAAAUUUGUAAACUUGAUUACCGAACUGUGAUUAAAAAAAGUUAUGUGAUUUAAUGAUAAACAAGCAGUUUUAUAUAUUUUGUAAAAAAAUUUGAAUUGGGUUGAGGGGGUUGGUUGGAAUUUUGAUCCUAGGGGUAAAAUAAUUAUUGUUAUUAAAUGAUAAAAAUUUAAUUUUUCUA